AUGGCCGUCUGUAGUGUAAGACGUGUCGUAGUGCUAUAUAUAGUUUAUUUACAAGUAAUUUUAAUAUGUGGACAACAGUAUAGAAUACACGAUGUUACUAUACAGGCUUUAGGGCCAAAAGGGAUACGAGUGUCAAUGCCCGCUGAGCCGAAGCAAACUUUGUUUGUUUUUCAAGGAAAUUUAAACCAGAAGAUAAAUCAAAAUGAUGUAGGUCGGAUAUCUGCUGAACUUAUAAAUCCUGUAAACAACAGAUGGGUUUACGAAGAUCUCAACGUAGCGCUGAAAGUUGGCGAUAUUAUAUACUACUAUGUGACUGUAGUUUACGAUGGCAAGGGGUAUAUUCUGGAUAACCAAAGUUUUACUGUUAACGAGUUGGAGGGUCCUACAAAUUCAAAGGGAGACUGCUUGCCUACUUUGACGGAUAUUAGGAAUGGCAAAGCUUGUGCCGGUCAAGUUAUAUUCGAAGAUAACUUUGACGAUCUUCGUGAAGAUUUAUGGCAAAUAGAGCAAUACAUACCGGAUGAACCUGAUUAUCCAUUCGUCUCAUAUCAACGUCCACCCAACGCGGCAGUAGUGUCUGCGUCUGCCGGCUAUCUGUAUAUUGCUCCACAGCUAUUGCAAAAUCUUCAGGGAUUCUCUAACUCAUCUAUUUAUACAGGAACAUUGGAUCUCUCUAGUGGUUGCACAACAAUUUCGUCUAAAUGUCGAGCAGAAGCUUGGGGCGCCAGUAUCUUACCACCCAUCAUUAGUGGUAAACUUACUUCAAAGACUUUCUCUUUUAAAUAUGGUAUCGUCGAAGUAAGAGCAAAAUUACCAAAAGGAGAUUGGCUUUUUCCAGAUAUUUUACUGGAGCCCUUAUUGAAGAAGUAUGGCAUGUCGAAUUAUGCGUCUGGAGUUUUACGUAUAGCGGGAGCGAGAGGCAAUACUCGGCUGCAAAUUGGGAACAACAACAUAGGAAAUAAGCUUCUUUACGGUGGACCAAUAUUGGAUUUCGAGUGCCGCAAGAAUUUAUUAAGUAAUAAAUUGUCAGAUACGAACUGGGGUGACGAUUAUCAUUUAUACACAGCGCGAUGGGAACCUGAAAGAAUUACGUUAUCAGUGGACGGUCUAGAGUGGGCACGGAUAGAGCCCGCCGCAAGUGGGUUACAAGGACGCUUCGAUCGCUACUGCAUAUUGCCUCGGUCCCUGCUUGCUACUGGUUCGAACAUGGCUCCUUUUGAUGACUACUCCUACAUUUCCCUGGGUGUAGCAGCCGGUGGGAUCACGGAGUUUGAUGAUGGCGCAGUGUCUGAUGGAAGACCCAAACCCUGGAGGAAUAAGGAGAGGAAAGCCAGCCUCAAGUUCUGGCAGGAUAUGUCCUCGUGGUAUCCGACUUGGAACCAAGCGAGUCUAAUUGUCGAUUAUGUUAGAGUUCGAGCACUU